CCGGCCACUGCUCCCCGACCGGCCCUUCCGCCUCACUCAGCCGCGCGGCAGAGCGGGACGGGAGCGGACCAUGGAGCGGACGACGAGCAAGGAGCUCGCCCUGGCGCCGCUGCAGGACUGGGGCGAGGAGACCGAGGACGGCGCGGUGUACAGUGUCUCCCUGCGGCGGCAGCGCAGUCGGCGCUUGAGUCCGGGAGCAGGGCCUCGGGGCACCCAGGCCCCCAGCCCCGGUGCCGACACCUUCCUCCAUUACCGCACCAGCAAGGUGCGGGCGCUGAGGGCAGCGCGGCUGGAGCGGCUGGUGCGGGAGUUGGUGUCUGGAGACCGCGAGCAGGACCCAGGCUUCGUGCCUGCCUUCCUGGCCACCCACCGGGCCUUUGUGCCCACUGCCCGCGUGCUGGACCUUCUCCUGCCACCGCCGCCGCCGCCCCUGCCGCCGGGGGUAGAGAUCAAGAAGACAGAGGGAAGAGAUCUGACCUUCAACAACAACCUGAGGGCUGUGGUGUCAGUGCUGGGCUCCUGGCUGCGGGACUACCCUCAGGAUUUCUGGGAUCCCCCUGCCCACUCGGACCUAGGCAGUGUUUGCACCUUUCUGGGCUGGGCAGCCCCAUCAGGGGCUGAGGCCCGGGAGGCAGAAAAGCUGCUGGGAGAUUUCCUGAAGAAUGCUGAGCCACAGCAGGAAGAAGAGGAGCGGUCCCAGACACGGGCAGGACAUCCAGGGGUUGCCCAGAUACCCCGUCCAGACUCCCCGGUAGGCUGCUUGGAAGAGGUGGAAGGACUCGUGCGGGAAGGUCCUGAGCUCCUGGACUUCAGUGUAGACGACGUGGCCGAGCAGCUGACCCUGAUGGAUGCGGAGCUCUUCUCGCGCGUGCGGCCCUUCGAGUGCCUGGGCUCCGUGUGGUCGCAGCGGGACCGGCCGGAGGCCACAGGCACCGCCUCCACUGUGCGCGCCACUGUGACCCAGUUCAACACGGUGACCGGCUGCGUGCUGGGCUCGGUGCUCGGGUCGCCGGGCCUGGCCGCCCCGCAGAGGGCGCAGCGGCUGGAGAAGUGGAUCCGCAUCGCGCAGCGCUGCCGGGAACUGCGGAACUUCUCCUCCCUGCGCGCCAUCCUGUCCGCCCUGCAGUCUAACCCCAUCUACCGGCUCAAGCGCAGCUGGGGUGCCCUGAGCCGGGAACCGUUAUCCACUUUCAGGAAACUUUCGCAGAUUUUUUCCGAUGAGAACAAUCACCUCAGCAGCAGAGAGAUUCUCUCCCAGGAGGAGGCUACCGAGGAGAAUGCCCCCCCAGGAAGCCUGCCCUCAAAACUGCCCCCAGGCCCCAUCCCCUACCUUGGCACCUUUCUCACGGACCUGGUUAUGCUGGAUACAGCCCUGCCGGACAUGCUGGAGGGGGAUCUCAUCAACUUUGAGAAGAGGAGGAAGGAGUGGGAGAUCCUGGCCCACAUCCAGCAGCUGCAGAGGCGCUGUCAGAGCUACUGCCUGAGCUCCCACCUGCCCAUCCUGGCUGCCCUGCGCACCCAGCGCCAGCUCAGCGAGGAGCAGAGCUACCACAUCUCCCGGGUCAUUGAGCCACCGGCCGCCUCCUGCCCCAGCUCCCCACGCGUCCGGCGGCGAAUCAGCCUCACCAAGCGCCUCAGCGCGAAGCUGUCCCGAGAGAGAGGCUCAUCCCCUGGUGGGAGUCCCAGGGAUCCCUCAUCCUCCACCUCCAGUCUGUCCCCAGCGUCCCCCCCAUCCAGUCCUAGAACGAGGGACCCUCCUCCCGGCAGUCCUCCGGCGUCUCCAGGGCCCCAGGGCCCCAGCACCAAGCCGCCACUGAGCCCAGACCUACCAGGCCCCCGGACCCUGGCCUUGCCCUUGAGUGGCCCUCACAUCUCCCUCCCGGGGCAACAGGGCUCAGAGGCCUGCGUCGUCCGAGUCAGCAUCGACAAUGACCAUGGAAAUCUGUAUCGGAGCAUCCUGCUCACUAGUCAGGACAAGGCCCCCAGCGUGGUGCAGCGAGCCUUGGAAAAGCACAAUGUGGCUCAGCCCUGGGCCCAGGACUAUCAGCUCUUCCAAGCCCUUCCUGGGGACAGGGGCGGAUUCUUAACCACUGCGCCACCAGGGAGCUCCCUGGCUAAUCUGAGGCAGGCUGCCGCAAUGAGGGGCUGCAUCAUGUAUCAUCUCGGGGCACCCCUCUGGCCUGGAGUUGGCUUCCUCUGUCUCCUACUCGCUGGGGCAACCUGGGCUCCCCCACCCAACCCACCGGAUCCCAAGUUUGAAAGGAAAGCGGCCCUGCUGACAGCCCGCGAGCCUGAAGAGUUUCUGUGCUUCACCGAGAGGUUGGAGGAUUUGGUGUGUUUCUGGGAGGAAGCGGCAAGCGCCGGGGUCGGCCCGGACAACUACAGCUUCUCCUACCAGCUCGAGGGUGAGCCGUGGAAGCCGUGCCGCCUGCAUCAGGCGCCCACCACCCGUGGCUUGGUGCGUUUCUGGUGCUCGCUGCCUACAGCCGACACGUCGAGCUUCGUGCCCCUAGAGCUGCGCGUCACUGCGGCCUCCUCGGGCUCUUCACGCUACCGCCGUAUCAUCCACAUCAACGAAGUGGUGCUCCUAGACCCUCCCGCUGGGCUGCUGGCGCGGCGGGCAGACGAGGGCGGCCAUGUGGUACUGCGCUGGCUCCCACCGCCUGGGGCACCCAUGGCAAGCCUCAUUCGCUAUGAGAUGAACAUCUCGGCAGAGAACGCCGCUGGUGGCGCGCAGAGGGUGGAGAUCCUCGACGGCCGCACUGAGUGCGUGCUGAGCAACCUGCGGGGCGGAACGCGCUACACCUUCAAGGUACGCGCGCGUAUGGCCGAGCCGAGCUUCGGUGGCUUCUGGAGCGCCUGGUCCGAGCCUGUGUCGCUGCUGACGGCUAGUGACUUGGACCCCCUCAUCCUGACGCUCUCCCUCGUCCUCGUGCUCAUUCUGCUGCUGCUGGCCGUGCUAACCCUGCUCUCCCACCGCCGGACUCUGAAGCAGAAGAUAUGGCCUGGCAUCCCAAGCCCCGAGAGCGAGUUUGAGGGCCUCUUCACCACCCACAAGGGUAACUUCCAGCUGUGGCUGUACCAAACUGAUGGCUGUCUGUGGUGGAGCCCCUGCACCCCCUUCACAGAGGACCCACCUGCCCCCCUGGAGGUCCUCUCUGAGCGCUGCUGGGGGGUGACACAGGCAGUGGAGCCAGGGGCAGAGGAUGAGGGGCCCCUGUUGGAGCCGGUGGGCAGCGAGCAUGCCCAAGACAGCUACCUGGUGCUGGACAAGUGGUUGCUGCCCCGGAGCCCACCCAGCGAGGACCUCCCACAGCCUGGUGGCGAUUUGGACAUAGCAGCCAUGGAUGAAGCCUCGGAAGCGUUCUCCUGCUCAUCCGCUUUGGCCCUGAAGCCUGUGCCAGAGGGGGCCUCGGCUGCCAGCUUUGAGUACACCAUCCUGGAUCCCAGCUCCCAGCUCUUGCGCCCGAGGGCACUUCCCCCUGAGUUGCCCCCUACCCCACCCCACCUAAAGUACCUCUACCUCGUGGUGUCUGACUCUGGCAUCUCAACUGACUACAGCUCUGGGGGUUCCCAGGAAGCCCAGAGGGGCUCAUCCAAUGGCCCCUACUCCAACCCUUAUGAGAACAGCCUCAUCCCAGCCCCCGAGCCUUCACCCCCGAGCUACGUGGCCUGCUCCUAGGACUCCAGCCCUCAGAUGCACGGGGACCCAGAAUGACCUCAAGUGCUACUCCAGGCCCAAGAUUUAUCCGACAGGGUCAGUGAGGCCUGCUGACCUUGGCUUUCUGCUCAAUUCAUCCUGGUCAGAAAGUCACAACCUUGCAGUAUUUUUACAUGUACAGUCUUUUGUGUAGAUAUAUAAAUAUAUAUAAGUUUUCUGUCACGGCUUCUAUAAAUACCUCUAAGCCCCAUCUUUUCCCUGGGCCCAGGCCAUAGGAGAAGCAGGAAAAGGCCUUGAGUUCAGUCUGAAAU